CUCCAGUGCUGCUGAUGCGGAUGUUGCGCCGCUGAACAUGAAACAAAACUUUGUUGCCGAUGACUUUUUUUCCCACCUGAAGCUUUGAAGAUGCCGAGCAGUGUGAAGAACAGACACGAUAAUACAGCUUUGUUGUUGCUGUGUGCAGUCAGCAUGGCGCUCAUUACCAUCGUCAGUGUGUGGAGGUUAAGACAGUUUAAAUAUAAAGCUGUGCAUGAAACUGGAGGUGCAAUGUUUAUUGGUGUGCUGGUGGGGCUGACGGUGAGGUACUCGUCAUCUGCUUCAGGACAUGGUGUGGUCGGUACGGACGCCGUGUGCAGUUGCGACGGUUUCAACAGCACUCCGCACUUCUUGACCGUCAACAUCACAUCACACGUCCACUGUUUUAGACACGCUGGGAAGCUCGACCAAAGUUGCCCGUUAGUCCCCGCCCCUCAAAUGGUGACCUUUGACCCCGAGGUCCUUUUCAAUCUGUUCCUGCCGCCCAUCAUCUUCCACGGAGCGUACAGCCUUAAUCAGAGAAGAGUCACCCAAAAUCUUGGAUCCAUCGUGACCUUUGCGUUUGUGGGCACCAUCAUCAGCUGCGUAACCAUCGGGGCCUGCGUCUUUGGAUUCACCAGACUGAUGGUGCUGUUCGGCCGGGCAGCAGAUGCAGACUUCCUCCUCGCUGACUGCCUGCUGUUUGGUGCAAUCAUGUCAGCCACUGAUCCAGUUUCAGUCCUUUGCCUGUUGUCGGAGCUGCAUGUGGACCCGGAUUUGCACACCCUGCUGUUCGGUGAGAGCGUCUUGAAUGACGCCGUCGCCAUAGUCUUGACACAUGCAAUCACCGUCUACAGCCAAGCGGGUGCAGGGCAACUCUUCAACCCCCUCGCCUUACUCCUCUCUGUGGGUCAUUUUCUCGGGGUGCUUGCCGGCUCCUUCCUCCUGGGUUUUAUGUUUGCAGUCAUAACAGCCCUCCUCACCAAAUUCACCCGGCUGUGUGAGACUCCACUGGUGGAAACAUCACUAUUCUUCCUGCUGUCUUGGAGCAGCUUCCUCUCUGCUGAAGCCUGUGGACUUUCAGGUAUUAUUGCAGUGAUGUUUUGUGGCUUGAGCCAGGCGAGGUACACAGUUCAUAAUUUAUCCACUGAAAGCAAAACCCGGACCAAGCAGCUCUUUGAAGUCCUCAACAUCCUGGGGGAGAUUUCCAUCUUCAGCUACAUGGGAUAUGUGUUGUUGACGUUCCCUCACCAUGUCUUCAAAGCCCUCUUUAUAUUCGGGGCAUUUCUCUCCAUCUUUAUAUCAAGAGCCUGCAACAUCUACCCUCUGUCAUUCCUCCUGAACCUGAGACGCUCCACCAAGAUCCCUCGCUCCUUCCAACAUUUCAUGAUGUUUGCAGGUUUAAGGGGGGGCUGUAGCAUUCAGCCUUACUGCAAGAGACACAUCCACAGAAAGGGGACGCACCAUCUUUACCACCACCCUGCUGCUGGUGGGCUUCACCGUCUGGGUUCUGGGCGCAGCUUCAGACCCCGCGCUGCGUUAUCUAAACAUCAAGGAUCCAGCUGGCUGGAAUGAUAACAAAACAUCCCCUCCGGACGGUGUGAGAAAAUAGAGAAGAGAGACAAUCAUAAAGACAGAGGAAGAGUGAAGACGUUAGAUCAGAGAACCCGGGCAACAUCAAUAAAGGAAUUGUUGAUCUUUUUAGGAAGUUUGUCUCUUUUCCAAUUUUGCCGAGGCUUACCCGCACAUCCACAAAGUCCAUGUGAGCCGCGGUCCAUCAGCACUGUGCACUACUGCCACCCUCAAUGCUCCUGUUUCCACAUCACAGUGCCAGCAGCAUCACUCCGCUCUGCU